AUGCCUAAAGUGGGAAAAAAACGCAGAAGUUAUAAAAUUGAGGGGUGGUGUUUGAAUUUUGAGCAAGUUAAGGAUAUAAUUAAAAAUGGGUGGGGUAUGGAUAUGCAAGGGUCUCCAAUGUAUUCUUGCUCUAGGAAGCUUCAGCAAAUAAAAUAUGCUCUAGCAGGAUGGUGUAGGGAGUUCAAAAUGAAUAAUAAUAUUAUUUGGGAUGAUGUUGUUAGGAAAUGUUUAAAGAGUCAGCAGGACAUGGAAGUCACGGAUAUUGAGGACAACAGCAAGUUAAGGAGAGAGAGUUUUCAUGAAGCCAUGAUCAAAUUGGCUUACUGGAAACAAAGGGCUAAAGGAAAAUGGCUGGCUCUUGGGGACUCUAAUACUUCUUUUUUCUUUAGAUGUGCGAAAUCAAGGAAGACAAGAAAUGAAAUUAAGUUCAUUCAAGAUAAGAAUGGGAACUGGAUUUCGGAUCAAGAUGAAAUUAAGCAGGACAUUAAUCAGCAUUUUCAAGAAUUGUUCAAAGCAAAUACGCAAUGUCUAGGAAGAAUAGAAAUUCCAGAACAUUUAAGGGAUCUUCCUUGUAAACUCACAGAUGAGCAUAUUCAAAUACUGAAUAAACCAUUUACAGAGGGUGAAGUAAGGGAUGCUGUAUUUCAAAUAGGUGGAUUAAAAGCGCCAGGCCCAGAUGGGGUUCCUGCCAUAUUUCUACAAAAAGCAUGGGAUGUAGUUGGGAACGAUAUAACAAAAGCGGUUCUACAUUUUUUCUCCUCUGGAUACAUGCUGAAGGAAUGGAACCAUACUCAUAUUGCUCUUAUUCCUAAGGUAAACUGUCCAGAAAAGGCCUCUCAGUUUAGACCAAUAAGCCUCUGUAAUGUCAUAUACAAAGUUGUCUCCAAGUGCCUUACCAACAGGUUGAAGCAGUUAAUGAAUGAUCUGGUGGGACCAUACCAGAAUGCGUUUGUGCCAAAGAGACUAAUGGGUGACAAUUGUCUACUGGCGCAUGAAAUAAUGACCUAUAUCAAGAAGCAAAAGAAGGGGUAUAACAGGUAUGCUAUUUUAAAGAUUGAUAUGAAUAAGGCGUACGAUAGAGUGAGUUGGGAUUUCAUUGAAUGGCUCCUAGAUGCCAUGCGUUUCCCAGCUCAGUGGAGGCAUUGGUUAUUACAGUGUAUCUCUACAGUUUCUUACUCAAUUCUUGUGAACGGGGAGCCCACUGUUGUUUUCAAGCCCAAGUGUGGUAUUCGGCAGGGUGAUCCCAUUUCACCAUACAUCUUCAUUCUGGUAAUGGAAAUGUUAUCUAAAAUGAUGGUGUGUUUAGAAAAAGAAGGGCAUAUUACAGGGAUUAAGAUAGCUAGAGGAUCCCCGAGCAUCUCUCAUCUGCUGUUUGCUGAUGAUUCCUUGUUUUGUUUUAAGGCAGAUAAUUACUCAUGUCUCAAAAUCAGAGAAACAAUUGAUUUGUUCUGUUCAAUAUCAGGUGAAGCAAUAAAUUUUGAGAAAUCAAGUGUGAUUUUUAGUCCUAAUACCCCUGGGCCGUUGAAGAAUGUUCUUAAAGGAAUUUUGGGUACCCCAAGUGCUGAUUCCCUAGGUAAAUAUUUGGGGUGCAAUGUUGAAGUUGAUGGUAGAUCCUCUCAAGCUUAUCAGCCUUUGAUUGAAAAGGUGCAACGGAAGAUCACAUCAUGGAAAUAUAUGCAUCUAUCACAUGCUGGUAGAAUAAUACUUAUUAACAGCAUUUUGGCGGCUCUCUGCACUAAUAUAUUGGCGGUAUUUCUUCUGCCAAAGUCCAUUACAACAAGAAUCACUCUCAUGUUGAUGCAUUACUGGUGGAAAGGAACCAUGGAGAAAAGGGGAGUGUGUUGGGUUAAACGAGCAGUUUUGGAGAAGCCUAAGGGGAUGGGAGGUAUUGGGCUCCGCAAUCUUGAACUCUACAACAAAGCUUUCCUGAUGAAGCAAGCUGUUAGAAUACAUCAGAAUCCAAAGCUUCUGGUUGCACAAGUGAUGACAUCUGCUUAUAAAAAGACUCCUUUGGAAGCUGGUUUAGAGAAUUCUGUCAAGCAAAAAACAUCAUGGGGCUUUAAAGGUAUGGUUAGAAGUGUUCAAUCAAUGAAGGAAGGGUUUGGUAAAGUAAUAGCUGCAGGUAACUCUCUAAUCUCACAUUGUUAUUGGGUACCUUCUCGGGAAAUUAAGUUAAAAAACAACCAUGUCCAGAAUGAGAGCAGGCCUGUUAGAAUUAGUGACCUCUUCUGCAACAACUCGAGAGACUGGAAUUCAUGUUUAAUUUGGAAAACUUUUGAGAAAUCUUCCGCCAAAGAGAUAUUGAACACCUACAUUUCGAAAGAUGCUCAUGAAGACAAAAUACAUUGGGUGGGAUUCCAUAAUGGAAGUUCAUCUGUUAAAUCGUUUUAUGCAUACCAAAUCAUAUGUAAUUUAGAAGGUAAGAAGGCAGCCAUUCAGGAUAGGUUCUGGAAGAAACUGUGGAGUUCUAGAAUGCUACCGAAAUGGAAGAUGUUUAUAUGGAGAUGUUUGAAUAAAGCUCUGCCAUUAAAGGAUGGGCUGAAGAAACGGAAAAUUGUCCAUGACAGUAAUUGUGUGUUUUGCCAACAGCAGUCUGAAACGGUGCAUCAUCUUUUUCGAGACUGCUGGUUAGCAGAGUUAAUGUGGAGAUCAAGUCAUCUUGGUAUUUGUUCAGUGAGUGCCUCUUGCAUACCAGUUACUGUUUGGGUUAAGAAUUUUAUGUUAUUUAUGUGGAAGGAGGACGGGCAUGAUAGCCCGCGAGUAAGAAUGUUUGUUGCUGUUCUUUGGGGAAUUUGGAUACAAAGAAAUAACAUCCAAUUCAGAAAGGAGAAAUUAUGCCCCACUAGAUUAUUAGAAUGGAUAAGACAAACUUUUGAGGAGAGUGAGAAAGCCUUGUUUAUUAAGUAUGGCCCUCAUAACUUAGAUAAUUCAGAACGCCGUACUCACAGUGCUAGAAUAGAGGACAAAGUUGUAUGGCUAGUAGGGAAAAGCAGUAUAGAUUCUGAUGUUCUAGUGGUAGAUGGUGCGUGGAAAAGACGUACCGCUUCUGGGGAUAAUGCUGCUGCUAUUGGUUGGUGCCUGAUACACAACUCAGAUAUAAUUAAAGAAGGAGGUAAUCAGGUGCGUGCUCAUACAGCUCUACAAGCAGAAGCUUUAGCAAUGUUAGAAGGCUUGGCUCAAGCAGCGGCUAAUGGUGUGGCAAACAUCAUUGUCAAAACGGAUAGCAGCAAUCUAGUUAGUGCUUUAAAGUCCUUCCCUGCUUGCCCUAUAGAAAAAGUUGGUGUCUGUCAUGACAUUCUUAGCACUGCUAGGUUGUUUAGAAACUGUUGUAUUAGGAAGUGUCCUAGAGAUUCUGUUAGUUGUGCUCAUGCCAUAGCUGUUAGGAAUAGGUUGUAA